CUCGAUCUUGAUAAAAGGGAGCAGGCUAGCCCUACCGUGGGAUCUACACCCUCUUACCCUUUACACGUGAGCCCGAGGCCAUCAGAUCCUCGAAACGUGGCCUGCUGGUCAUCUUGCCCCGGAUUACGCCUAAAAAUGGCCCCCUGGGCCCUAAAGUCAAUCUUGGCGGCCACCGCGCUCGUCGUUGGUUCGGCGGCGCAAUUCGCGACCUUUGCAUCAAGCGGUAUAAGCCUAGCGGUCAAUGUACCUUCAGACACCGCGUCGUCAGGCAGCGGUCCCAUCUACCUCCAAAUCAGCGCGCCUAGUGGAACACAAUGGGUUGGAUUCGGACAAGGAACGCGCAUGUCAGGCGCGAACAUGCUGAUCGUCUAUACGGCGGAUAGCAACAACGUGACCGUGUCUCCUCGGCUCGGCGGUGGAUACGUUGAACCUAAAGAAAGAACGGAUGCUUCAAUUUUUGUUCUCGAGGGCUCUGGCAUCACGUCAGACGGUACCAUGGUGGCCAACAUCAGAUGCGACACGUGUUUAAGCUGGAGUGGAGGUCUUUCAGGUAGCAUGGACCCGACAAGUACCUCGAGCAAUUGGAUCUAUGCCUGGAGGAACGGCGAUGCUAUCGACUCAACAAGCACUGAUGCCACUAUCUCUCAACAUGACGAUUAUUCGCGCUUCACCCUGGAUCUGACAGAGGGCACUGGUGGAAACUCUGUCAACCCCUUCAUCGCCGCCACCGGUUCAGGCGACGACAGCAAUGAUGAUGAGUCAACUACAACCGCUGCAACCAAUACUGCUUCCACCGGCUCAGCUACAGCUACGGCCACAGCAACGGGCUCUGGCCGCACUUCGAGCACUCCCGCUGUUGGUACGCCUACCAAUGGUGUCUCAGGCCCUGUGGUCACCUCCGACUCCGACUCUUCGAACUCAAGCCCCAAUCGCUCUCAAUCGGGACCAGAUGAUGGCAUUCGAAUCGGACAUGGUGUCGUAAUGGGACUCGUGUUCCUCAUCCUAAUGCCAUUGUCGGCCCUGACGGUCUACUUGCCACACCACCAAAAGGUUCGCUAUAUCCACGCGCCACUGCAAGUCGUCAGCAUCGUGUUGAUGAUUGUCGGACUCGGCCUGGGUAUCCGGCUAGCGCAAAACAUCGACGACAUCGACAGCUACCAUCAAAUCAUCGGCUUCAUCGUCGUCGGAUGGAUGAUCGCCGUUCAACCAGCACUGGGUCUUGCCCAACACAUGCACUUCCGAAGCAACGGCACACGAAGCCCCAUGGGCAGUGGCCACAGAUGGAUGGGUCGAGCUGUCAUGCUUCUGGGUGUCGUCAAUGGUGGUUUGGGUUUCAUGAUCACUGGACCCGUGGGCUCUCGCUACGUGCCGACCUACGGCGUCAUCGUCUACAGCGUGGUUGCUGCCGUCAUCUUCCUCGUCUACCUCGGCGUGGUCAUCUAUACUUCGAUCUCAAGGAAGAGGAACAACUCUCUGCCUGGCGAGAAACCUCGACCCGGCACCGAAGGCUACGAAAUGCAUGGAGGAUCAUUUGAGGCGCGGCGUGAUCUACGCACAUAAGCUUGACUUGAUCAUCACCCACGCAUUUCAGUUUUCUCUUCAAUGACUCCGUAUACGAUGUUCUUUUAGCGUCAUUUUAGAACCGGAGACCUGCCACGCUGCAUGAAUUUAUAUGAUGGAUGGAUGCAGAUGAUGCAGAUGAUAGACACCGGGUAGAAGGUGAAUGGGGGCAUGGGCCAAUGCAUACAGACGUAUGUAGAUCAUCUGAAACGACUUCUCUUGUCAAG